AUGGCCAAGAAGAAAUCGAGUCUCAGCCAGGCAUUACAGAACGCACAACUCCAACAGCAAAGAGCCCUCAAACUAGCCGCAAAGAAACUAACACAGCAGCAAAAGCAGCCGAAACAUCUUAGCUCGCAGAGCAAGAUCAAACCGUCCGACCCAAGUCAGCCUGUCAAGCAAAACAUAAUCCCCAAGACGACACAGUCGAAAGCCCAGAAAACUAAGAAUUGUGAUAAGGCGAAAAAACUAACCGUUUCCCGUCUCCACGAAACCCAAGACGCGGAUUCUCGAACCACACAGUCACAGAUCAAAAUUGCGGAGAUCACCAGGAAUGACAGUCAACUCCAGCCUACGCAGCCUUCAGAGGUGUCGCUUUCCUCAAAGAAUUCUUUCCAAUCAGUAAGCCACGACCUCGAAACGCUCGCUUCCGAUUCAACAUCGGCCAAUGCGGAAGACGAACCACAUCCUGUAUCGCGGGAAGAACGGUCAAAUAAAACUCAGACGAGACCGCAUCUCACGAUGGUCAAUAAAGAUGAUCAAGUCUUGUUGGUUGGUGAAGGAAAUUUCUCGUUCACCGUGCUACUUCUAGUCGAAUAUUCACACCCCGGAAGACUGAUUACAGCGUCAACAAUAGACAGUAAGGAGACGGUACUGAAAAAAUAUCCAGACUCGGAAAGCAUAUUGGAGCUACUAGAACAAAACAAAGUGACGAUUCUGUUCGAACUAGAUGGAUGCAAAUUGAAUGAAGAUAAGAGGAUCAAGAGAUCGAAAAUCAAGUUCGAUAAAGUAAUUUUCAAUUUCCCCCAUGUCGGUGGCUCCGAACCAGAUCAAGAUCGCAACGUCCGAGCCAAUCAGAUAUUGAUUUUGAGGUUCUUGAGAUCAGUUUCCACCCUGUUGUUUCAGCCUGAGGGCGUGGUAUUUGGCCAAGAUCAAGAUAGGAAGAAGAAACGUUCCAAAACUUCAACUAAGGCCAGCAAGAAACUCAAGUCUCAUCAAAAACGACCAAAUCAUUCGUCCGCCUACGACUCGGAUGAUUCAGGCCGGAUUCACAGUGAUCAGGAAUCGGGUGCCGAGCCGGAUCUCCACGUCCGAAAACCUGGGACAGUUCUGAUCACGGCUGGAACUUGCCCCCCUUAUUCAUUUUGGGAUGUACCUGCGCUUGCUAAGAAUGGAAACACUUUAGCCCAUACAAUCCUUUAUCCAACCCAUCCCAAUUUGAAACAGAAAGGAGAACAGCCGGUCUACAAGCUCAUCCGCUCAUUCAACUUUGAGAAAUCGAUCGACUCAACUGGAUCAACAACUUACCAACAUCGUCAGACCAACGGGUUCAAAAACACUCAGAAAGAGACCAGACCUGCCAAUGCUAGGACCUGGGAAUUCGAACUUCUGAGGGCUUGA